CCACUCGGAAAGUCUCAGAAUCAACCAAUAGGAAGCUCUACACAAAUACCGUACGCAAAUUUUUAACUCAGAGGUUUUUGAGUUUCAGAGUUGUCAAGAACGCAGCAACUGGGCCGGUGGCUCUGUUAGUGACAGAGUGACGAACAAUAUGGCGCCGGGAGUAGCUCUUGCUUUUGGACCAGUCGUUGUCUAAAGACCGGCGAUCGGACAGGAUGAACCUCUGCGCCCAAUAUUUACGCAGGCAGGCAGAGGCCCUGAAGGCUGACAUGACAGAUUUUAAGCUUGGUGCAGCAGAGGUCUGGACUUCAAGGCAAGCGCUUCAGGACUUGUACCAGAAGAUGCUGGUGACUGAUCUGGAGUAUGCUUUGGACAAGAAAGUGGAGCAAGAUCUCUGGAACCAUGCUUUUAAAAAUCAAAUAACAACACUACAGAGUCAAGCCAAGAACCGAGCCAACCCCAAUAGAAGUGAGGUGCAGGCCAAUCUGUCCCUAUUUCUCGAGGCAGCUAGUGGAUUCUACACACAAUUACUACAGGAGCUGUGUACCGUGUUCAACGUGGACUUGCCUUGCCGUGUGAAGUCAUCUCAGCUUGGAAUUAUCAGCAAUAAACAGACCAACACCAGCGCCAUUGUAAAACCCCAACCCAGCUCUUGCUCUUAUAUCUGCCAGCAUUGUCUCGUCCACCUCGGAGACAUCGCACGGUAUCGCAACCAAACCAGCCAAGCGGAGUCCUAUUACAGACACGCAGCUCAACUUGUUCCUUCAAAUGGUCAGCCUUACAAUCAGCUGGCCAUCCUGGCCUCCUCUAAAGGGGACCACCUCACAACGAUAUUCUACUACUGCAGGAGCAUUGCUGUCAAGUUCCCUUUCCCUGCAGCCUCCACCAACCUGCAGAAAGCUCUCGCUAAAGCUGUUGAAAGCCGUGAUGAGGUCAAAACAAAGUGGAGUGUGUCAGAUUUCAUCAAGGCCUUCAUCAAGUUCCAUGGUCACGUUUACCUGAGCAAGAGCCUGGAGAAGCUUAACAACCUGAGAGAAAAGCUGGAAGAACAAUUUCAGCGGCUGAUUCUGCAGAAAGCCUUCAGCUCCCAGCAGCUGGUCCACAUCACAAUUAUCAACAUGUUUGAGCUGCACCAUCUGAGGGACUUCGGAAAUGAAACAGACGACCAGAGCUUCAGCUCCGAGGAGCAAAUCGGCUGGUUCCAACUUCUCGGUCUCUUCAUGUCAUUUCUUGGUGUCAUGUGUAGCCGAGCACUGCUGAAUAUGAACCGAGGAGAGGAGAUCAUGGGAGAAUGUCCAUUGCCAGCCAUCAAGGUGUCCCUGGACUGGCUCAAACUACGACCUACCGUUUUUCAGGAUGGUGCCGUGGACAGACGACAGUAUGUUUGGCCUUGGCUGGUGUCCAUUCUGAACAGUUUCCAACCAAAGGAAGAUGAUGUUUCCUGUGCAUCAAUAACUCCACUUCCAGAGGAGUUUGAACUGCAGGGGUUUUUGGCUCUCAGGCCAGCGCUACGGACCCUUGACUUCACUAAAGGCCACCAGGGUGUUGCUGUGGACAAGGAGGGUCUGCCAGUCCGUGCCCGUCAUCAGAGGCUCAUCAGCCUGGGGAAAUGGGUGGCAGACAACCAGCCAGGGCUGAUUCAGUACAAAGUCAGGGAUGGCCUGCUGCUGUUCAUCACCGACAUCGAGGAAUUGGCCAUCGAGGAGCCCCAGGAGAAGGAUGCCCCUGUGCUCCAGGAGUCCUCCAACAGUGAGCAGACCCCCAACGAGGGCAACAUGGGCCUGAAGUCAGUCUUGUCCAUGGGCAAGACCCAGAACAGCGUGUUGGAGAUCGGCGAGAGGCCCGUGGUGACCUUCAAGGAGAACAUCAAGCCCCGGGAGCAGAGCAGGGAGCCUAGCCGCAAUCACCACCAGAAGGAGGCAGGGAAGGAACGGAGGGACUUCGGCAAAGGCAACGGAGUGCCGGGAAAAGGAGAGCAGAAGAGGGAUGGCAAGAGGAAGAGUGAGGUGAAGAAGAACAGCCAUGAGAAAGCUGCAGACGCAGGGAAACAGGUGAAAGCCCAGUCGGAUAUGAGGAAGAUGCCAGUGUCUGAGGCCAGGAAGACUCCAGUCACUCAGACCCAGACUACCUGCUCCUCCCAGUUCAUCCCCAUCCACCACCCGGGAGCCUUCCCUCCACUGCCCAGCCGACAAGGUUUCCCCCCUCCGGCCUAUGUGAUCCCUCCUCCCGUGGCGUUUUCCAUGAAUCCCGGCUUUACCUUCUCUACGGGCAUGUCUGUCCCCGGGCCGUUCCUGCAGUCGGCCUCCCACCCUCAGCAGCCCGGUGCCCAGCAGGUGCAGGUUCAGGCUGGGAAGCCGUCGCACAUUCCAUACAGCCAGCAGAGGCCGUCAGUGCCAGGGGCGAUGAACCAAGGUGCUCCCCAGGGACAGCCCCAGCAACAGCCUUCCCAGACCAUGCAGCAGGUGCAGCUCCAGGUCCAGGCUCUUGUCCAACAGCAGCAGUCACCCACCAAGCCUGUGCAGCCAGUACAGCUGGGAAAGAGCCCACCUCACCAUCCAGGGAUGCAGCAGUACAUGCAGGUAGAUCAGGCUGGACAGAUGUGGGGCCAGCACCAGGCCCAGCAGCACCAGACCCAGCCCACCAUGCAGAAGAUGCAGGCCAUGCAGAUGCCUGUCAAGCAGCCCUACUACAUGGGAAGCCCCCAGGAACCCCUCAAGCUCUUUGAGCAACAGCAGUACGCCAUGCAGACGGUUCCCCAGCAGAACAGCAUGGACAAGAAGAUGAAGUACCCGGAUGUGAAAAUGCAGGAUUUUUACUGGGACCCUUCCUACCGCAUGGGGGAUAACAGACCGAUGGUGGGGGAGAGGAUGGGCAAGCGGCUGCCCCCUGGGGCCUUCCACCCAGACCAAGACAACACACCCAGGGGGCCUCCUUUUGAGGACAAGAGCUCCCCUCUUCUGCCUCCAGACCUGUUAAAAAGUAUAUCAGAUUUUGAGGAGGAGGAAGAGCUGUCCUUUACUAAGCCUCAUGGUUUCUACCAGGCCUUGGCUGGCCCUCUUAGUACUGCUCCAGGACGAAAUAUAUUUUUGCCAAAUCAGUCAAGAAUGGAAAGUGGCUCUGAGGUGAUUGGCCAGUCGUCUUCUCUCAUGCCCUUAUCUGGGUUCCCAAUUCAGGAGAGUUCCUAUCAAAACAACAGCAUUUUUAGCCAGGCCUAUGGGAAGAACAUGGCUCCCAACCCCAAGUCCGACACUCCCAUGCUUCACCAGGAACCUUCUCUCUACUCCCUGUUUGAAGGAACUCCAUGGUCCCCAUCCCUUCCCGCCAGCUCAGACCACUCUACACCAGCAAGCCAGUCCCCCCAUUCUUCCAACCCAAGCAGUUUACCCUCUUCUCCACCCACGCACAACCAUGGCUCCAUCCCCUUCUCUAACUUCGGCCCCAUAGGAACACCCGACAACCGAGACAGGAGGAUGGUCGACCGCUGGAAGGUGGAAAAGACGCCUGUGAGUGGGUUUGGUCUGGACUAUCUGCCCGCUGCGUCGUCAUCUUCAGACCACCGAACCCCUGAGAACAGCUGGCACCAGGGGAACGCCCCCAGCAGCUCCUGGGCCGCCCAGGAGUUGCCAAUGGAAGACUCCUCCACUGUGCUCCUGGACAGUCUGAAGUCCAUCUGGUCUAGCUCCAUGAUGCAGCCGGGGCCUUCGGCCCUGGAGCAGCUCCUCAUGCAGCAGAAGCAGCAGAGGGGCCGGGGCACCAUGAACCCUCCACACUGAAGGGCCUGCAGUCAGAAGCACUUGUGUGAAGAAGUAUGAAGUAAAAAAAAAGAAACGAGCUCCAAAUCGGAAUUACCGGCAUAUGGAGGCUGGGGAAGGUGAAACGAUGACCCAACAGGCUCAAAACACCCUUCUGCUGACGAGGUGGACUGGUGCAAGUCUACUCUCCACUCUCUCUCUGUGCCUCCCAUGGCAACGAGGGCGUGCAAGCACCUCCCACACCACCUCACUGAGCACGAUUCUUACAUUGAGGAAACUGAAAACCUCUGACAGCCAGUCACCAUGCAUACCUCCUGAAUUCCUCUGGAGAGUGUGGGAAUAAACAACCAUCCUUCAGUCCAUCUCACUUGGAUUCCAUGUAUCUGGUCUCUGAAAACUAUUCUUGAGCUGCUCUUGGUGUGGAUUUACUAUCAGUCUUUGAUUUGCCUACUGGAGAAGAGAGGAGCCUAAAGGUGGUGCGGGGUGUUUUUGGGAAGGCAAGGUAGGCCUAAAACGGUAGAUGUGGUGGUGAAAAAAAGAAAGACUGAUCUUUCUGAAUUCUUGACAACAUUUUCUUUAUCUCGAACAGAGAGCGAUGUAGCCGGGUUAUGAAUGAACGAAUGAAGGCGUUAACAGCUAUAUUGCCACAGUCGUUGGUAAAAAGUGGGGGGAAAGCGUGCCUAUCAUACUGUGCACAGAACCGUUUGAAAAUGAGACGCAGAUUAUGCUAUAGAUGCGAUUUUCCAGUUUGCAGAUUGUUCCUUUCUGUAAAGGUUUUACAAGGAGGGAGGUGCAUCUUCAGGUCAGUUGAGGAUGAUGGGAACGCUUCACAAACUUCACAAACGUUCGCUCAAAAACAAAAGAAUCAAACUGAGACGGUGAUGAGAAAAUAGAUGUAGGGAUAGUAUUAUUAGCUCUAAUAGAGAUUUGCAAUUAUUAGAAAUACUGUAUUUUGUGAUUUGUUCGUAGCAGUUUUAGCUUUAUGAAAUACUGAGUAACUAUGUCCAAUAGUUUACUGCUUAUGGGGAAAGUAGAUGUUAAUAUGUUCUCUUUACCCAUCUUUCUUUGAGUAAAAAUGUAACUCUAGCUUAUCUGCAUAAUUGUUUAUUUCGUUCAUGGUCUGCCUUUUAAUAGUUUUAAGCAGCUUUAUUGGCUCUCUUUGUGCCUGGUCAGUGUUUUUUAUUUUAUUAUUACUAUCAUGGUUGGCACUGUCAUGUAAUGGAAACAAGCAAACGGGUCCAGCAAAGCUGCUGGUUCAGCAAUAUGGGGCACAAGCCAAGCGAGACACAGACCAUCAGACAGACAGUUGGGCUGGGCUGUGGCUGGGGGACAGGGGGCAGGUGUAGUCCCUGACUCCCCUACUUGGCUUAGAACAGGAGAGAGAGACUGAUUUAUGCUAACCUUUUCACAACCACUACUAUAAUCACAACAGUUAUCGAAUUAAUGCAUAUUAGGCCCUGGAGAGUUGCAUGCUUGGUUUGCUUGUCUAAAGUCAUAGCUCAGCUUUUUACAUACCUCUGUGGUGUGUAACUAACUGAACUAAUUGUUUGGUAUUAAGUUUCUGUCACUUGGGUUACGCCCAAGCCAGAUAAUCAGAAAUGCCCAAGGCAGAUAAUGACUUUUUCCCCAAAUAAUGAAAUCCUUGAAGCACUGAGUGACAAUCAGCAGACCAAGAGAGGCUCUCCAGGAACAGGGUUAGAGGCCAGUUAAGUCUAGGGGUCACUGUUGGAUAGGGUUAGAAAUAUGAUGACUAUAUACAUUGGUACCCUCUAUGGUUUAGGCAGCAAAAGGCAUUUUGUAUUUAAAGGGUAUACAAAGACUUAAUAUCUUGUAUGAGGGGAAAAACAUGUUUUUAUUUUCAUGUAGAGAACAUUUUAUUAAACCCAACUUUAAAUGA